AUGGACUCCAGUUCCGACGAAGAAAUCAGAAAGUGGAAGGAAAACAUAAAAGACUUACAACGUAAAAUAGAACAAAGAAAACGAAAAAAGCGUGAAGAAAGAAGCAAUAGUCUGUCACAUAUUCGCCAAUCCGAAGACAGUUUUUGCUCUUCGAAAACGCAGACAGAUUUCACGACUGAGGAUACCCCAGAGGGUCAAAUAAAGGUAUUGGAAGAGAAUCAGUACAGCAAAGAUGCCAUUGAAAAAAGUAUGCAUCCAAAGAAGGGAGGAAGAAUAGAUGAAGAAACAACAAAUAAGACUUUUUUUGAAAAGACUUUUAAAAAAAGACUUGGUACCACCGAUAAAGGAAGAAAGUACGAAGAUAUGAUUACGACUAACAUUAUACUGCAAAUGGUAAGCGACAGUAAAAUAAGAAAUUUCUACGUUUCGUCGAACGAUGCAAGUUUCGGUGACUUCGACGAUGUAGUUAUCGAAGUUGACACAGAUCGAGGAAGUCACACCAAAGCAAUACAAUUAAAACACACCAGUCGAGGAACAUUAACCAAACAACAACUAUUAAGCAAAAAGGGAGAUUUUAGCAUAACCAAAUAUUUCAACUCCACCAAAAACAUACAGGACAAAGCGCAACGAUUUAUAUUAUUCACCAACAAGGAAUUUAACAUUGCGGAUAAAACAAAACUUAAACUCGAAGGAGAAGAAUUUCACAUAGAGUUGAUUAAAGUGUCAGCUUCAGAAAACAGUGCCGAGGAUUUAGGAAUCUCUAAAAAUAUAAACUAUUGGUAUAAAUUUCAAAUCAUGGGAGAGAAGUGGAGUAAAGAAGACUUCGAAAAAAUUCAGCAAUACAAAACAUUCUUCGAACGAUUUCGUUUUUACACUAACCAAGAACGGUUGGAAACUGUUACAAAAUCAACUAUGGAUAGAUUUACUGAGAUGUUCUGUUCCAACGAAGAAAUAUUCGACGCUUAUUUUAAGUUCAUUUCGGAAUGGAGUUUGAAAGAAGGGCUCAAGGAAAAACUAAGCAAAAAAUUUACGCAACGUUUAAUUGCACUUCGUUUGCUUUCUCCUUAUAUUGAACCUUUUGCUUUUGGUCCAGUCAGUGACGAUAUGAGGAUCCUUCGAGACGCUAUUUAUCAGUUCGACAUCACGUUAUUGCUGAAAGAAGGCAGCAACGAAGUUAAAAAAUUGUGGGGCGACUUGAACAAAAAUAUUGAUCUCAAAGAACUAAACAAAGUUCGAUCACAAUAUUCUCUUUCCUCUGUUAAAGUAACUACUUUCGAAGAUCUGGACGAUAAAUUGUUGACGCAGUUGUUAUGGUUGAUGGACAAAUGUCCGUUAAUUGUAAAAGAACACAAAAAUAUCGAAAAAGCUGUUCAGCUUUGUCGUGAUAAAAAAUUCAUUUUACUUAGUGAUGGAGGGUGUAGGGAAUGGAUUGAAGAUUGUUCCGUUUUUCAGAACUUGUCACAUUUAGAGUCAAAACUUGAGUUACAUGAUAAGGUGCUACAAAAUUUUGCCGUUUCCUUGCAGGGAAAAGAUGAAGUUAAUUUGAAAACUGCUUUCGAACAAAAUGAAGUGUUGUUAAAGCACGUAACGGUAAACGAACUUUUAGAAAUGUCAAAUGGUCCUUUCUGUAUAGGUGGACAAAAGGAAGCUUUUCCCAAUCUUUAUAUCGAAAGAAAUUUAUCGGUCAAUGUUAUUGAUAUUAAAUAUUUAGAACAUGUUAAUCAAGACACUUUUAUCAUUAUCAAUUGUGAAGAGAAUUCUGAACAGUUAAAAAUAUCCAGAGAGCAUACUCUAAUUGAUAUAAACGAUUUUAUCGCUGCUGUAAAUUUCGAAAUUUUCCAGACUCCUGUUUUCAUAGUGAGUAAGAAUAAAUGUAGCGACUUUGAUUUUCAGAACGUGUGUUCUAAAACACUGGGUUCCAAAAUAGUACAUCAUUUUAAAUUUCUUGAUAGUCAAAAUUUAGAAUGGAUACGAAGUAACGGUGAUGUUGGUGAAUUGCAAAAUUAUAAGUUAAAUAAUCAUUCCAAAAACGAAAAAGAAUUUUGGUCUUUCGGUUUCAGCAACCACAUUAAUCUAAUAACAGACGACCCGGGAAUGGGGAAAACUGAGUUAACAAAAAGUCUAAAAAACGGUUGUUGUUCUAAAUAUUGGACGGUGAUCAUGAAUCCUCAAGAUAUUAAUUCAUUGUCUAAAACUUUACAAACUUGUGAGGCAUCAGAUUACUUAAAUCGGUUCGAAUUAUUCAUCUUAAGCCAAAAAUAUCAACAUCUUGGACAAUUAGAUCUAGAAUUUUUCAAAAUGUGUUUGAAGCAAAACAACGUCGUCUACGUGUGGGACGCUCUCGAUGAAAUUUUAACCAAAAAUUUGGACGCUGCUUCAGACUUGAUCUUUAUGUUGUCGCAAAAAGGUUUCGUUCAGUGGGUUACCGCAAGGCAACACUUGAGGUCCUCUCUUGAAAAAAAAUUUAACGUGUUGUCAAUGAGUAUUAACCAGUUGAGCGACAGUGAUCAAGAAGAGUACAUUAGAAAACGUCUUAAGACUGUUGUUUCCUCUGGGGAUAUGAAAAGAACGAUCGACAAAAUUAAAUCCACGUUUGCAUUCACAAAACAUAUUGAUAUUUUGGGGAUUCCUCUUCAGAUUUUUAUGCUCACAGAGAUAUUUCUUCAAAAUGAAGAUUAUUUAGAUUUGUUGAACAGCAAUUUUCUCUUUACUGAUUUAUAUAGCCAUUUUAUUGAUGGAAAAUUCAAGUUCUUUUUCGGAGGCAAAGUGCCGGUAAUAGGUUACUACUGGGAAGAAGAAGUCAGAAAGAAGAAAGAAGAAAAAUUAGAGCAGUAUGAAAAGUUCGCACUUAAAUUAAUUUUUCCCGAAGACAUUUUUGAAGAGUUUAAGAUUGAUUGCUCACAAGAUGUAAAGGUAGUUUCUGAAGAUUUAGCAACUGUUGGUAUCAUCACUGGACUACAAAACGGCAUUCCGCAAUUCGUGCACGCUUCCUUUGCCGAGUAUUUUGUUGCUUUGUAUUUUUCUAGAAAUUUUAAAAUGAUACGCAGGGACAUAUUUUUUGAUGCAAAGUAUAAUAAUGUACGGUUUUUCUUCGACAUCUUAGUUGGUAAAAAAUCACCGGUCCACAUUGCGGUCUUGUAUAAAAAUUUUAACGAGUUAAAGAAUUAUGAUGACGAAACAAUAAAGAGUAAAGACGACGGUGGAAGAAGUGCCUUACAUCUCAUUUGUUCUUGGGGACAAAGACAUCGACGUUUAGAUGUAGAAGAAAGAGAUAAUGUUUAUGUAGUCGAGAACGAUUGGGAGUUUAAAGGGUCACUAGACACAGAAGAUUAUAACGAGGCAUUGCUGUUUUUGUUAAACAAAUGUGACAUUUCUGAGCAAGAUUCGUUACUGAAAAUCACGCCUCUGGAAUGUUGUCGGGAAAGUGAAAGUUUGGGGGCGGAACUGGAAUUAUUAAAGUCAAGAAAAUUGGAAUUCCAACGAUCGUACAGUAGAAAUGAUAGAAUUAAUAUUUUGUAUUAUUCUGCUCAGUUGGGUUACGAUGACGCUGUUAAAACGGUUAUUUCCGAAACUUCUGGCUCUUCUUGUAACGAAGUAAAUUUUAUUGUUGAAUAUAGUCAUGAAACCCCGUUGCCAAUGGCUUCACAAAGAGCCAUAGAAUACUUUGUUAAAACCGAAGCCGAAAUGAAUCGCGUUGAUAAUAAAUGUGGUUGGACUCCUCUUUACUCAGCAGCGUCCAACGGCCACGAAAAAACCGUCGAAUUUCUAGUGAAAUGCGGAGCCGAAGUCAAUCGUGCCACAAAUGGUGGGCGGACCCCACUUUAUACAGCUUCGUCGAACGGCCACGAAAAAAUCGUCGAGUGUCUAGUGAGACACGAAGCUGAAAUCAACCACGUUGUUGAUAAUGGCUGGACAUCGCUUUACGCAGCUUCGUCGAACGGCCACGAAAACGUUGUCGAAUACCUAGUGAAUCACGGAGCCCAAAUCUAUAGUGCUGAUGAGGCUGGGUGGACACCGCUUUAUGCAGCUGCCGCGAAUGGUCGUCAAAAAACUGUUGAAUGCCUACUGAAAUGCGGAUUUGAAGUCAAUCGAGCUAUACCUAAUGGUCGCAGACCGCUUCAUCAAGCUUGCUUGAACGGUCACGAAAAAACGGUCGAAUGCCUAGUGAAAUAUGGAGCCGAAAUCAAUUGCGUUGAUAUGUCUGAUUGGACUCCGCUUUAUGCAGCUGUGUGGUUAGGCCACGAAAAAACUGUCGAAUUCUUAGUGAAUUGCGAAGCCGAAAUCAACAAAGCUGCAAGUGGUGGUCGGACACCGCUUUAUACAGCUUCCUCUCAUUGCCACGAAAGGAUUGUCGAAUGUCUAGUGAAAAGGGGAGCCGACAUCAAUCGCGGUAAUGAUGAUGGUGAGACACCGCUGUACGCAGCUUCCGCGAAUGGUGACGAAAAAAUUGUUGAAUGCCUAGUGAACCACGGAGCCGAAAUAAAUCGUGCUAAUAAUGAUGGUAAAACACCGCUUUACGUAGCUUCGGCGAACGGCCACGAAAAAGUUGUCGAAUGCCUAGUGAAAUGCGGAGCCGAAAUCAACUGUGCUGAUAAUGAUGGUCAGACACCACUUAAUGCGGCGUCCUUAGAAAGCCACGAAAAAGUUGUGGAAUGCUUAGUGAAUCAUAGAGCCGAAGUCAAUCGUGCCAAUAGUGAUGGUUGGGCACCGCUUCACUCAGCGUCCUCGAAAGGCCACGAAAAAAUUGUCGAAUGUCUAGUGAAAUCCGGAGCCGAAAUCAAUCGCUCUACAAAUGAUGGAUGGACACCGCUUAAUGCAGCUUUUUUGAAUGGCCACGAAGAAAUCGUCCAAUUCCUAGUGAAAUGCGGAGCCGAAAUCAAUCGCACUAAUGACGUGAAUUUGACAUCACUUGACACAGUUUUGUCGAAUGAUCAAGACAAAAUUGUCGAAUGCUUAGUGAAAUAUGGAGUUGAAAUCAAUCGCGCCAAUGAUGAUGGCUGGACACCGUUGCAUGCAGCUGCUUCCAACGGCAACGAAAAUAUGGUCAGACGACUAGUGGAAUGCGGAGCCCAAAUCAAUCGGGCUGAUAAAAAUGACUGGACACCGCUUUACGCAGCUACCUCGAACGGCCACCAAGAAAUUGUCGAAUGUCUAGUGAAACACGGAGCCGACAUCAACCGCUCUAAUAGUAAAGACGAAACACCCCUUCACGUCGCUUCCUCGAAAGAUUUUGAAAAAAUUGUCGAAUGCUUAACGAAAUUCGGAGCCGAAAUCAAUUACGCUGAUAAAAAUGGUUGGACACCGCUUUACACAGCUUCCUGGCACGGCAACCAAAAAAUUGUCGAAUAUCUAGUGAAACACGAAGCUGAAAUCGAUAAAUCAAAUAAAAAUGGCUGGACACCACUUCACAUAGCUUGCUCCAAGGGUCACGAAAAGGUUGUCGAAUAUCUGGUGAAAUGCGAAGCCGAAAUUAACCGCGUUGAUAAUCAUGGUAGGACACCGCUUUAUAACGCUGCCACAAAAGGCCACGAAAAAACUAUCGAAUAUCUAGUGAAAUGCGGAGCCGAAAUCAAUCGCUCGAUAAAUGAUGGCUGGACACCGCUUUACGCAGCUUGUUUGAACGGUUACGAAAAAGCCGUCGAAUGUCUAGUGAAAUGCGGAGCAGAUGUCAAUCGUCCUGAUAAUCAAAGUCGGACACCACUUGACAUUGCGUAUAAAUAUCAGCACAGAAAAAUUGUAGAGUUUCUACUACUUAAUGGUGCAACGAAAUAAUUAAAUUCGCAAUCAUUUUAGGGUAUUUUUGUAUUUCGUUACUUGCCAAAUAUGGUUCAAUAAUUAUAGGGUCGAUGUAGGUUAUGCAAGCGUGCCGCCUAUCACUUUAUAUGUACGACAGAAAGCACUUGCAUGUGUAUAACUAUAAAUGCUUUGUACCCAUUGUUCACUGAGAACUGUCAAACUCUAGACAUACUUUCAGAAUGCCUUUAGAAUCAUUUAUAAAACCCCCUAGAACCCGUGGCAAAUUGUUAACUCAAUUUUUCCUAUCACAUUUUCCAAAGCCCAAAAUUUGAAGUAGUUUAGUUAUCUAUAUUUUAUUUUUAAACACAAUGUUUUUCGACUGAAGUGCAGGUUCAGUUUUUUUUAUUUAUUUAUAUAUGAUACUCCAGUACAACCACAUAUCUUUAGUCUCUGGGUUGCUACAACAGACUUCAUUCUUGUACACCAUUUUUUACCUAAAUAUUUGUUCACAAUCUUUUAUUAUAGAAUUAUUUUCUUGAUUUAGGUUUUGUGGUUUAAAAGUAUUUUUUUUUUAAUUAUCAGUUGACUUCGCUGUGUAAAUAUUCAGCUUUUAAAGUUUUUUUUACACUUUGUAAUAAAAUAAUUUUCUAAGUAAUGCUCUCUAUAUUUCACUUUUCCGUACAAAAUCUAUUUUUUUAAUUAAUUGUUAAUUUUAUUGUAAUUAUAUUUUCUGUUCAAAGUUUUCCUAAUACACAUCCAUUGUAAUUUUAAGUUUAAUUAUAACUAUAUUAAUUGUCGUUUUGUGUGAAAAUAUGUAUUUGAAUGUGUUUCUUACAUAUUGUUCCAUAUGAUUAAAGAAAUUUCUGAUCCAUGGAGGUAGUGUUUUGCACAGCAAUUUGUUUGCAUUAAUGACGACCUCCUAAUAUCUGAAGUUUUUAGAAUCAGCGUAAUUUGUAUGUAUUAUGUAGUAUUAAUCUUAUGCUCUUCU